AUGGGGAAUUCAUUUGGGUGCUCCGCCUCCGGCGAGAGACUGGUAUCGGCGGCGAGGGAUGGGGAUGUUGUGGAAGCCAAGAUGUUGCUUGAUUGCAAUCCUUGUCUGUCUAAAUAUUCCACUUUUGGUGGCCUCAACUCUCCUCUUCACUUUGCCGCAGCCAAAGGCCAUAACGAGGUCGACCCAUGUUCAAUUUUCUCUUCGUUCUCUGAAACCCAUGAAUGUUUCGAUCCAAUUUACUUGCAGUUAUGUGGUGUUUGUGUUUGGUUAUUGAUUGCUUUGUGCGGUGAUGUAGAUUGUGGCAUUGUUGCUAGAGAAUGGAGCUGA